AUGUUGUGGGUAGACAAGUACCGGCCGAAAACCCUAGACAAGGUCACCGUCCACGACCAGGUCGCGCAGAACCUCAGGAAGCUCGUGUCGGAGCAGGAUUGCCCGCACCUGCUGUUCUAUGGGCCGUCGGGGUCCGGGAAAAAAACCCUAAUCCUCGCGCUCAUCAAGCAGAUGUUUGGCGCCGGUGCGGAGAAGGUUAAGCUGGAGAACAAGACAUGGAAAAUAGAUACUGGAACAAGGACACUUGAGAUAGAAUUGCCGAUGUUGUCAAGUGCUCACCAUGUGGAGAUGAACCCCAGUGAUGCUGGCUUUCAGGACAGGUAUGUUGUCCAGGAGGUCAUCAAAGAGAUGGCGAAGAACAGGCCAAUUGAUGCCAAAGGCAAGAGAGCAUUUAAAGUCCUUGUGUUAAAUGAAGUGGACAAGCUCUCACGAGAAGCUCAGCAUUCCCUCCGCAGAACUAUGGAAAAGUAUAGCUCAUCAUGCAGGCUGAUCCUAUGCUGUAACAGCUCCUCAAAAGUGACAGAGGCUGUAAGAUCCCGUUGCUUAAAUGUGCGAGUAAAUGCACCCAGCGAAGAUCAGAUUGUCCAAGUUCUAGAGUUCAUUGGGAAGAAAGAAAACCUGCAUCUUCCAGCUGGAUUUGCUGCUCGUAUCGCAGCACAAUCAAACCGUAAUCUUAGGCGGGCAAUACUGUUUUUUGAGACUUGCAAAGUGCAACAAUACCCAUUUACAUCAAAUCAAGUGGCGCCUCCUCUUGAUUGGGAGCAAUAUGUGUCUGAAAUAGCAACUGAUAUACUGACAGAACAAAGCCCUAAAAGGCUAUUUGCUGUACGUCAGAAAUUCUAUGAAUUACUCGUCAAUUGCAUCCCACCUGAAAGUAUUUUGAAGAAAUUGUUGGCAGAAUUAUUGAGGAAGUUAGAUGCUGAUCUGAAACAUGAAAUCUGUCACUGGGCUGCACACUAUGAGCACAAGAUGCGCCUUGGAUCAAAGGCCAUUUUUCAUCUAGAAGCUUUCGUGGCCAAGUUCAUGAGCAUUUACAAGGAGUUCCUGGUGGCUACAUUUGGUUGA